CCACGCUCUUCAGUCGUCAGCCACCUUUGCCAUAUCCAUAGCGACAGAUCGCAAGGGAAAUUCACUGGUUGCAAGAGAGAAGUAUCCAGUGGACAAGGCCAAGAGCUGGCACCGUGGCAAGCCGUAGUGGCGUCGAGAAGGUUCGCCGAGGAGUGUCCCCAGGUCGCGAGCGGUGCCCGUCGCUUGGAUCGACUGUGCACUACUGCGGCGCCAGACGGAUCGCGCAGGUCGUUAAGGGCAGUCAGGAUUAAAGACUGGUCACCAUGGCGGACGUGUACUCCUCGUAUGUGGCCGAUCAGAUGGACGCGGAUGGCGUCAAUGGGUUUCUUGGGAAUUCCAUGGGAGGAGAUGGCUUCACGCAGGCAGAGAUGGGAUCAGAGGAUGAUAUCACGCAGGAAGACUGCUGGGAGAUCAUCCGCGCCUUCUUCGAGGAGAAGGGCCUCGUGAGGCAGCAGCUGGAUAGUUUCAACGACUUUCUGGGGACGACGAUGCAAGAGCUCGUCCAUGAAGUCGGACAGCUGACACUGGAGCAAGCAAAACAGUACACUGGCCAGGAGGACGAUCGCACUAUUCGUUACGAGAUUGGGUUCGGUCAGAUCUAUUCGUCGCUUCCAAAGCAGACUGAGGACGAUGGUGCGACUGCUCCAAUGUACCCUCAAGAUGCACGCCUCAGGAAUCUCACGUACGCUGCCCCCGUCUUCCUCGACAUCACGCAGCGAAAGUACAUCAAGAUCGAAGAUGCCGAUGACGAAGAGGAGUGGGAAGAGGUCACCGAAUCUCAGAAUCCUACCCAAAAGGUCUUUAUCGGCAAAGUGCCCAUCAUGCUGCAGUCCAAUUUCUGUCGUCUCACCAAUAUGGACGACGACCGAAAAUACUUAAAGGACGAGUGCCCUUACGAUGAGGGUGGCUAUUUCAUUAUCAAUGGCUCUGAGAAGGUGCUCAUCGCGCAAGAGAGAAUGGCUGCCAAUCACGUUUAUGUCUUCUCGAAGGCGCCACCUUCCCCGAUCACGUUCCUGGCCGAGAUCCGCAGCGCGGUCGAGACUGGUGGCAAGACCAUCAGCACUAUGCAAAUCAAGCUGCUAUCCCGGACGAAGGACAAGGCAGUCAGCGGCAGCGUGAUCCGAGCUACGCUACCAUACGUCAAGUCGGACGUGCCGAUCGUCAUCAUAUUCCGCGCUCUUGGCAUUGUUCCUGACAAGGAGGUUCUCCAGCACAUCUGCUACGAUCCGAAUGACACACAGAUGCUGGAAAUGCUAAAGCCAUGUAUCGAGGAGGCGUUCAUCAUUCAGGACAAGGAAAAUGCUCUUGACUGGAUUGGGAGAAGAGGUACAGUCACUGGGCUGGCACGUGUCAAGAGGCGAGCGUACGCUCAGGAGAUUCUGCAGAAGGAGAUGCUUCCUCACAUCUCGAUGUCAGAGGGCAGCAACACCAAGAAAGCGUACUUCUUUGGCUACAUGGUUCACAGGCUUCUUUUAGCGGCUCUCGAGCGACGAGAGAUUGACGACCGUGACCAUUUUGGCAAGAAGAGGUUGGAUAUGGCUGGGCCACUGCUGGCGGGGCUGUUCCGUAUGCUGUUCAGAAAGCUCACAAGGGACAUCUACCGCCAUCUGCAAAAGUGUGUCGAGGAGAAGAAAGACUUCCACAUCUCACAAGCUGUCAAGGCUGCAACGAUCACCAAUGGACUCAAAUACUCCAUCGCCACUGGCAACUGGGGUGACCAAAAGAAGUUCAUGCAAGCGCGAGCGGGCGUAUCGCAAGUGCUCAAUCGAUACACUUUCGCUUCAACGUUGUCUCAUUUGCGUCGGUGCAACACACCCAUCGGAAGGGACGGCAAGAUCGCCAAGCCACGCCAGCUUCACAAUACCCACUGGGGUAUGGUGUGUCCGGCAGAGACGCCAGAAGGACAGGCUUGCGGACUGGUCAAGAAUCUUAGUCUAAUGUCGACGAUUUCAGUCGGCUCGCCGUCCGGACCCAUCCUCGAAUUCUUGCAGUCGUUCAACCUCGAGUCGCUUGAAGACAUGCCUAUUGCGAGCAACAAGGCGACGAAGGUCUUUGUGAACGGCGUCUGGCUGGGAACGAGCGACGAACCUGGGCAGCUGGCCGUAUUCAUUCGUGAGCUGCGACGCAAGGACGACAUCAGUGCAGAAGUCAGCAUGGUACACGAUAUCAGAGAAAAGGAACUCAGGCUGUACACCGAUGCAGGCCGUGUUCUCCGGCCGCUGUUCAUAGUGGACGAAGACACUAUGACGCUGAGGAUGAAGAGGCAUCACAUGGACUGGCUCAGAAAUAACUCCACACCCGAUGGGCAACAGUGGAAAUGGGCUGAGAUCGUCAGCAACGCCCUUAUCGAAUAUCUGGAUGCGGAGGAAGAGGAGACGGUUCUCAUCUGCAUGAGUCCACAGGAUCUUGAGGCUUCGCGGGCCUACAAUGCCAAUCCAAAGAGCUACGCUGCGCAGCACGCAUCGUCGGACCCUUCGGCUCGUCUCGUCUCGACAGCAUUCUUUGCUCCCAAGACUUGGACUCACUGCGAAAUUCACCCGGCAAUGAUCUUGGGUAUCUGUGCAAGUAUCAUUCCUUUCCCAGAUCACAAUCAAUCGCCACGAAACACCUACCAAUCUGCUAUGGGCAAGCAAGCAAUGGGUGUCUACCUCACAAACUACCAGAUGCGCAUGGAUACGAUGUCGAACAUUCUCUAUUACCCGCAGAAGCCACUGGCGACAACGCGGUCAAUGGAGCACUUGAAGUUCAGAGAGCUCCCCGCUGGCCAGAACGCUAUCGUCGCAAUCCUCUGCUACUCAGGCUAUAAUCAGGAAGACUCUGUCAUUAUGAAUCAGUCAUCUAUCGACCGUGGUCUAUUCCGCUCGCUCUACUACCGCACAUACACAGACAUGGAGAAGAAGCUCGGUGUCAUUCACCUCGAGUCCUUCGAAAAGCCGACUCGCGAUACCACACUGCGCAUGAAGCACGGCACAUACGACAAGCUCGACGAGGACGGCUUGGUUGCACCGGGGACACGUGUGUCCGGCGAGGACAUCAUCAUCGGCAAAACAACCCCGCUUCCUCCGGACAGCGAAGAGCUCGGUCUGCGAAAUGCGAUGCACGUAAAGCGCGAUGUCUCUACGCCACUCAAGAGCACUGAGAACGGCAUCGUCGAUCAGGUUUUGGUUACUGUCAGCCACGAUCACAGCCAACGCUUCGUCAAGGUCCGUGUUCGUUCGACAAGGGUUCCGCAAACAGGAGACAAGUUCGCUUCGCGACAUGGGCAGAAGGGCACCAUCGGCAUCACCUACCGUCAGGAGGAUAUGCCUUUCACCAGCGAGGGGCUCACGCCGGACAUCAUCAUUAACCCCCAUGCCAUUCCCUCGCGAAUGACCAUCGGGCACUUGGUUGAGUGUCUUCUAUCAAAGGUCGCAACCCUCUCCGGCCAAGAAGGUGAUGCGACCCCUUUCACUGACCUUACCGUCGAAGCAGUCAGCGAGAUUCUUCGCGACAACGGCUACCAAUCGCGUGGUCUGGAGGUCAUGUACAAUGGACAUACUGGGCGAAAGCUCCAGGCACAGGUUUACCUUGGCCCAACGUACUACCAGCGACUCAAGCACAUGGUAGAUGACAAGAUCCAUUCGCGUGCUCGUGGCCCAGUGCAAAUCCUGACCCGCCAGCCCGUUGAAGGUCGUUCUCGAGACGGUGGUCUUCGUUUCGGCGAGAUGGAGCGCGAUUGCAUGAUCAGUCAUGGUAUCGCCGCCUUCCUCAAGGAGAGGAUGUUUGACGCGAGUGAUGCGUAUCGACUGCACGUAUGUGACAUCUGCGGUCUGACAGCCAUUGCCAACCUCAAGAAAGGCACAUUUGAGUGCAGAAGCUGCAAGAAUCGCACGGCUGUGUCACAGGUGUACCUGCCGUACGCGGCCAAGCUGCUCUUUCAAGAACUCGGUGCCAUGGGCAUCGCAUCACGUCUGUACUAAAACUAAAAGUGUAUUUUAGCAGGUACUUCUGAUUAGACCAGCAUGCCCGC